AUGAAUCGACAAAUGUUUAACAGGAAAACUGCUGGUUACAGUAGUUUAAUAACGUUUGCUGUAUUGUUGAUAGCAUGGAUUGCUGGAUUUUCGUCCCGUUUGUUUGCCGUUAUUCGUUUUGAGUCAAUCAUUCAUGAAUUUGAUCCUUGGUUUAAUUAUCGUGCAACGGCAUAUAUGGUGCAGCAUGGAUUCUACAAGUUUCUCAAUUGGUUCGACGAGAGAGCUUGGUAUCCAUUGGGUCGCAUUGUUGGAGGCACUGUUUAUCCAGGCUUAAUGAUUACAUCUGGUGGAAUUCAUUAUUUACUCCAUGCAUUAAAUAUUCCUAUCCAUAUAAGAGACAUAUGCGUGUUCUUAGCACCUGUGUUUAGUGGGCUUACAUCUAUAUCUACAUAUUUACUUACUAAAGAGUUAUGGUCAUCGGGAGCUGGACUUUUUGCAGCUGGUUUUAUUGCCAUAGUUCCUGGAUACAUUAGUCGAUCAGUAGCAGGGUCUUACGACAAUGAAGGAAUAGCAAUAUUUGCACUUCAAUUUACAUAUUUUCUAUGGGUCCGUGCUGUUAAAACUGGUUCUGUGUUCUGGUCCGCUGCUGCAGCUUUAUCUUAUUUUUAUAUGGUAUCUGCAUGGGGUGGAUAUGUUUUUAUUAUUAACUUAAUCCCCCUGCAUGUAUUUGUGCUGCUGUUAAUGGGUCGAUAUUCUUUACGUCUUUUAACUAGCUAUAGUACUUUCUUUAUAUUAGGACUAUUACUCUCAAUGCAAAUACCAUUCGUAGGUUUUCAACCUAUACGAACCAGUGAACAUAUGGCAGCUCUUGGAGUUUUUAUUCUUUUAAUGGCUGUGGGAUUUUUGCGCUAUAUUCAAUCAGUACUUUCACGCAAUGAGUUUAAAAAAAUAUUUUUAAUUGGAGGUUUAACAGCAGCUGGAUUAGUAUUUUUAGCAGUUGUAAUAUUUACAAUGAUGGGUGUGAUUGCACCAUGGAGUGGAAGAUUUUACUCCUUGUGGGACACAGGUUAUGCUAAGAUACAUAUACCGAUAAUAGCAUCUGUAUCAGAACAUCAGCCAACUACAUGGUUUUCAUUUUUCUUCGAUCUUCACAUUUUAAUAUGUGCCUUCCCAGUCGGUGUUUGGUAUUGCGUUAAAAAAAUUAACGAUGAGCUUGUAUUUGUCAUAUUAUAUGCUAUAAGUGCUGUAUAUUUUGCCGGUGUAAUGGUCCGUUUAAUGCUGACAUUAACCCCCGUUGUAUGUAUGCUGGCGGGAGUUGCUUUUUCAAGCCUUAUGGACGUCUACUUGCGGGAAGAUAACAUAACUAAAACGCAGACUGUAACACAAUCUCGUCCAGAAGAUCCAGACGAAUCCACAAAUGAGAAAAAAAUGUUUUAUGAUAAGGCUGGUAAAUUGAAGCAUCGCCCAAAAUAUGAUGCACCUCUAAAUGAAAGUUGCAGUGGAAUCGGAUCAAACUUAAGAAGUAUUGUAAUAUUAGCAAUAUUAAUGAUAUUAAUGAUGUUUGCUGUACAUUGCACAUGGGUUACUAGCAAUGCUUAUUCUAGUCCUUCAAUUGUACUAGCAUUUCAUAACAGUCAAGACGGUUCUCGCAAUAUUUUAGACGACUUUAGAGAAGCAUAUUAUUGGCUUUCACAAAAUACAAAAGAAGACUCCAGAAUUAUGUCGUGGUGGGAUUAUGGCUACCAAAUAGCUGGAAUGGCAAAUAGAACCACGCUUGUUGACAAUAAUACAUGGAAUAAUAGUCACAUUGCACUAGUUGGAAAGGCAAUGUCAUCUACGGAGGAAAAGUCGUAUGAAAUAAUGACAUCGUUGGACGUUGAUUAUGUUCUUGUAAUAUUUGGGGGCGUGAUAGGAUAUUCUGGAGAUGAUAUAAAUAAAUUUUUGUGGAUGGUACGAAUUGCCGAAGGUGAACAUCCGAGAGAUAUAAAAGAAAGCGAUUAUUUUACGGAACGUGGAGAAUUUAGAGUGGAUGCAGAAGGCGCGCCUGCUCUUUUAAACUGUCUUAUGUACAAACUAAGUUAUUACCGUUUUGGCGAAUUAAAAUUAGAUUACAGAGGUCCUGCAGGUUAUGAUAGAACUAGAAAUGCUGUAAUUGGAAAUAAAGAUUUUGAUUUGACCUAUCUUGAAGAAGCGUACACUACAGAGCAUUGGUUGGUACGGAUUUAUCGAGUUAAGAAACCUGAAGAAUUUAAUAGGCCUGUAAUAAAAUUAAAUGAACGUACUGUAACAUCAUCAAACUUUAUUUCAAGAAAGAAUAUUAAACGAAGAAAAGGUUAUAUAAAGAAUAGACCAAUCGUUGUGAAAGGAAUAAGGAAUCGUAAAUAGAUCAACUUGUACACUCCAGGAAUAAUAAAAAUACAAAGCAGUUUUUUUCACUUUGUAUGUAUACAAUUCAAUGAUUCACUAUUAUGCAUGAAAUGUAUAUACGUUUUUUUGUAAAAGAUUUAAUUUUUUCUUGAGAUGUAAUAAAAAUAAUUAUAAUCCUAUA